GGCAGAGCUGCUAUAAAAGCUCUGCCUCUGCCUGUCUCUCCCAAACACUUCUCUGACCACCUUCUCCUUGGAGAACAGGAGCACCAACCCAACCAGCACAAAGAUGUCUUGCUACGACCUGUGCCCACCAAAAACCGGCGUGGCUGUCCCCCAGCCCAUCGCUGAGAGCUGCAACGAUCUGUGCGCCCGCCAGUGCCCCGACUCCACAGCCUUCAUCCAGCCUCCGCCUGUGGUUGUCACCUUCCCCGGCCCCAUCCUCAGCUCCUUCCCCCAGCAAGCUGUGGUGGGCUCCUCUGGAGCACCCGCCUUUGGGGGCAACCUGGGGCUGGGGGGCCUCUACGGGGCCGGGGCCACGCUGGGCUCGGGGGGCCUCUGCACCCCUGCCAGACCCUAUGUUUCUCCCGCCUGCAGCCCUUGUGUCUUGCCGCGCUACAGCAAGAAGCUCUGGGACACCUGUGGGCCCUGCUAGACCCACAGCACAACCAUGUGCUGCCCCCAACAUCCACAGCUCCACCACCCAUGCAGGGCUGAGCUGGUGGGCAUGGGGCACUGAUGAGUGCUGAGCAUUCCCAGCGCCAGUCAACACCUGGGACGCUGGCACUGCUGUGCACUCCUCAUCCUUCCCCGCGCUCUGCUCUUCUCCCCUCCCCUGCCCUUCAGUCUCUCAGAUGGGGCAGUAUUUGGAUUCACAAAGCUCUUUGAUGCUUAUGGGUCAAGUCCUCUGGAUUGGAAGCGGCACCAAGACAGUAUCUGGAGGAAAAAGCAAUACUCCGGAGAAGAUCUUUCUGCCUCUCCAUCCAUGAGACAACCAGCCUCUCUCUGUCUUGCCCACCACUUCUCUGAGAAUCUCUCCUGCCCACCCUGGGUACAAUAAAGUGUUUCUGCAUGCAA